UGUGUUGCGAGGGCGGGCGAGCGAGUGAGUACUUGGUAGUGUAGCCACAAGAUGGCAGUGUGAUCGUUUUAAGAAUGUGAUGGUGUCUGUGCCCAAGAUUCUCCUGACUAUUUGGUGUGAAACGUACGGAUUAGUGAUGGAUAGUGAGGGAAAUGGCCGUUCUGGUGUUCCGUUAGUGUGUUAGCGUCGCGUCUCCGCCCUAAAAAUGAGGAAAAAACCCUGAUAGCGUUCUUAAACCAGAGUGCCAUAGGAGUGCCAUAAGGGAGCCAUGCACAACAAUCGGCGACGGAAGAAGCGGCCCAGCUAUGGUGUCCGAACGGUGGAGAUCACGAAGGGCAAGAAUGGGUUUGGGUUCACCAUCAGUGGACAGGCACCGUGCAUCCUCUCCUGCAUUGUGCCUGGGUCACCAGCGGAGCGAGCAGGCCUUCGUCCUGGUGACUACCUAAUCGCCGUCAACAGCCAGAAUGUUAGCAAGGCUCCUCACGAUGAUGUGGCUCGUCUCAUUGGCCUCUCGAAGCUCCUUAAACUGCAGAUUGCCGAGAACUACUACUCUGACAGCUCCGAUGAUGAAUUCGUGACGGUGAAUCGACCCAAACCCAAGUAUCCCAAUCGGUUAAGGCACAAGAACCAGCAGACUCGAGCUGAGAAGGUAGUCCGCGACUUGCAGAGUGGAGCCAUCUUCAGCGAGCACACAGCCAUCCACUUGGGUGAAGCAGCACUCCUCUCUGACCGUGAUGCCUGGCCCGAGUCUGCCUUCCCGCCAAAGGCGCCCCUCACUCCUACGCCAAAGGGGCUCACGGUAUCUGCUUCGGUGUCCCCUGUGCCUGAGGGCCUCGGAGAGAGGGAUGGAGGUCCUCCGACGGCACCCUCGACGUCACCGACGCGGCUGAGGCCAGACCAGAUUCAUCUUGUAAUGGCUGAAGCUCGACAAGUGACUCGGACACCUCGGCCUGUCAAAGAGCCCCAACACCCACCGCGACCCAGACAUGUAGUCAAGAAAAAGGAAAAGUCACCGAAGGCCAAACUCAGACAUCAUCCGCAGAAUCUCCCACCUGACGCAGUCCAGCAACAGUUGCCAGCGCCACACCCACAUCACCAUCAACAGCAACAACAACAACAUCUUCAGCAGCAGCAACAGCAGCAUCUUCAGCAGCAGCAGCAGCAACAGCAACAACAGCAGCAACAUCUUCAGCAGCAACACAUUCAACAGCAGCAGCAACAUUUGCAACAUCAACAACAGCAACACUUGCAACAACAGCAUCUUCAACAGCAGCAGCAGCAUACUCAGCAACAGCUUCUCCACCAGCAACAGUUACACCAACAACAGCAGACUCAGAGACAACAAUCUCCUGUGCAACAGCAGAUGCAGCAGCAUUCUGGCAUGUGGGUGGAGCUACCCAGUGGCUCUGGGAUGGAGGCAUACAACGUAUUAACUGAACAAGAAAUCAACAAGUUAUUGUAUCCGACUUUAGCAGAACUGCAGCAGCAGGCAGCACCCAAUGACCUCGGGGAGGCCCUAUACCGUGCCGUGGUGGGUUAUCUUGGCACCAUUGAGAUGCCCAAAGAGCCUCAAGGAGGAUCCCGUCUCACUGCCAUUCGAAAUUGUAUCAGACGCCUCCGGAUUGAGAAGAAAGUUCACACCUUGGUUUUAAUGUCGGUGUUUACAGAGCGUGUGGUGCUAACCAACCCGCAUGGCCUCACGCUUGCCCAGUACCCCGCUGAGAGAAUAACGUUUUGUGGUGUGUAUGCCGACGAUAAAAAGUUCUUUGGUCUUGUUACUGUCCAUGGUGCAUCAGGCGACGAACUGAGUGAUGGCAGUCAAGACGGUGGAAGUGUUUCGUCUUCGUGUCAUGUGUUCAUGGUAGAUCCUCGCAUGGUACAGCAUUCCGAUCAUGCGAGGAGAGCCAAAAACUUCCGUCUGGAAUGCACUCCACACCCAGAAGCCCACCAUUGCCAAGAGUUUCCGGACUCGGCAGACCCAAUCUUGCACGCUAUCAUGAGCCUGUAUCGAAAUCGGGUGGGGUUCCACCUGGACACGGGCGCUCCAGGCCUGAUCGACGUGGAGGCUCAGAUGUCGCCCCAGCACUCCAACACUUCUUCCAACUCCUCCAACUCUGACUCUGGAAUUGGGUUUCGAGAUGAUGGCAGCCACCAUUAUCAUCAUAGCGACCGCGUCUUCGUCGUCGAAGUUGACGACAACCAGCGGAUGCGAAUACAGAACUUUCAGUUAGUUAGUAAUCUCCGUGCCAACCUCAAUGAAAACCUGCGAGCUAAUUUAGAAAACCAUCGUGUGAAUAUGGACAACCACAGAGGGAAUAUGGAGAAUCACAGGGCUCUUGACAACCAUAGAGCAAAUAUAGAAAACCUCAGAGGAAAUAUGGAUAAUCAUAGAGCAAACUUGGACAAUCUCAGGGCAAAUUUGGAUAACCACAGAGUGAGCUCUACUGACAAUUUUCGAGCAAACUUAGAAAGCCAUAGAGUGCAUCUGGACAAUCACCGAGGCAAUAUAAGUGGUGGAUAUGGCAACAAUGUGAACGCUACAGUGGGUGACACUAUACCUAGUGGUCUAGGCCCCUCCGUGCUACGUGCCAAUAUUAAUGACUUCAGUUUCUCGAGUGCCAAUAAUCUGCGUGCCAUUGCAAACGACAAAUUACUCGUUAAUUCUAGUGACAACAGUAGUAGUAAUAAAUUGCUGGAUAAUGUGCGAGCUAAUGUUAAUGAUCAUUUAAGAGUGAGUGUGACGGACAAGGUGCUAGGGAACAUAGACAAUCUGCGUGUGAGUGUGAGUGACGCCAAGCGACUAAGUGACCUCCGAGCUAGUCUUGCUGAGAGUCGGGCCAGUCUGGGCGACGGCCGCACCAGCAUCACCGACGACCUGCGGGCGGCGCUCGAGGAUGACAUGCGAGCCAAUUUGGGGGAAGGUCGGUUAAGUGUGGUGGAUGGACGCACCAGUAUCACCGACGACAUGCGUAUGGCCCGGGAUAGAGGCGUCACUAAAACUCCUGUGGCCGACUGUGCAAGUACGCCAGAGUCGGGACGGCUGACCGUUAGAGCUAUGCCGGAUCCUGUGGGCUUUGAGCGGUCACCGGGGUUUUUGGUAUCUAGUGACUCGCCGAUUCACGUUGCCUCUAUGAGGCAUUCCAUGCAUAAAUAUCUCCAGCAUAAGCAAGAACAUUUAGUGAAGGUCUCGCAGAAAAUUAAUCGGCGUGAGUCUGACACUGGUGGCAUCCAUCCCUUGAGUGUUCGAGCCUUCUCACCAGCCACCACCAAGGCCCCAACACCCACCGUCACCUCUGUGGCACAGGACACCCUCGAUCUGGAGUUGUCUCUGAAACUGUCACCAAAGGUUUUUGGAGUUCCUCAGUUACCAUUAGGUACAGGUUUGUCACCCUUGCGGCCUCGAGCGCCAUCAGAGAGGUCAUACACGCGUUCUCUGGAGGACCUGCGGGACUCUUCCACCAGUGAUGGAGUUAACGUACCUCUGGGUAGUGGAGGGUGCGGCAGCAGCUUUCGUGACGGGUCUGAGAGCGACCACGGGCUGGACCGGCUGCGGCACGUGCCGCUCACGCCACUGGCGAGGCUCCUUCACGCUUCUGAGAACAACCUCACACGUUAUGGUCACAUCUACCCCUCUGAGCACCACCGCGGUGCCUUCCGUGCUGUUCAGCCACGCACCCAUCGCGAGUCCUCAACCUCCGCCCUUGGUGUGGGUGUUGUGCCUCGAAUGGGAGGCCUGGUGGGUGUUGGUGUACCUCUGGACUCCGGCGACGAGCACACGGAGACGACGGAGAACACGGGCGAGCAAGAGGGCAGUCAGGACGUGCACCCACCCACUCAGGACGAGUUCUCCCACGACUCUGACUCGGAACAGGUUGAUGGUGGUGUUGAAAAGAAGUGGACUCGAAGCACCUCUCUCCGCCGUCACUUCCACAGUUCAAGACACAAUGGUAGCCACCAACAAGAUCCUUCAGCUCACUCUGAUACUGAAAUUGGCAAGAUAUCGGCACCACACAGCCUCCUAGAUGGUGAAUGUGGUUCUGUAGGAGGAAGCGUAUCCUCUGAGAGAGCUAUUGACGUUGGAAGAGUGGGUGCUUGGGCUACAUCAUUUGAGAAGCUCUUAGAAGAUCCCGCAGGGCUGCAUACCUUUGCUGAAUUUUUGAAAAAAGAAUAUAGUCAUGAAAACAUUUACUUUUGGACGGCUUGUGAACGAUACAAGCGAGUCUCCAACCCUGAUGAGCUUCGAGCCAUGGCCAAGGAGAUUUUUGAGAGACACUUGUACAGUGGCGCCCCUGAACCUGUCAACGUUGACUCGCAAGCAAGACAGGAUGCUGAAGAAGGCCUUCAUACUCCAAAUCAAUUUUUAUUUGAUCAGGCCCAGAAACAGAUUUUCAAUCUCAUGAAGUUUGACAGUUAUUCUCGAUUCUUGAAGUCAAGUUUAUACCAAGAUUGUGUAUCUCGGGAUAUGAGAGGUCAAACUCUGCCCUACCCUGGGGAUGAUAACCUUGACCCGGAUCUAAGAAUUGCACAAGAAGAUUCACAUGUAAAGUUGAAAAAAAGCAGAUCAGAUGCAGAGGAACGUCGUCGGAAGUCAUUAUUACCGUGGAAUCGCAAGGAUCGUAGUAAGAGCAAAGACAGAGGGGAAGCAGAGUAUAGGCGUAGGAAGAAACAAAAUCAACGAAAUACCUCAGAUUCAUCCAGUAUCCGUUCAGAUAUCAGUGGCAGUCGCACAUCUCUUAAUUCUUCUGAUUUACCUUUAGGGAGAAGAGCUUUAUCCAAAGAAUCACUUACUAGUGGUGAGCUAGGAAGCCUUAGUGGGAGCGAGGGUUACAGCAGAUGCCGUGUUAUCCUUCCUGAUCUGAGCAACUCUGUUGUGGCUGUGAGGAAUGACGAAUCUGUACAGGCGUUACUGACUCGACUUUUAGAGCGCCGUGGGCUCUCCUAUUCUACCUUUGAUGUUUAUCAGCACAAAACUGAUAAGCUCUUGGAUAAAAAUGAAGACAGUUCAAUUUUGGGAGGCAUGGAAGUUCGUCUGGAGCAAAGAAUCAUAUUUCGGUUAGACUUGCCAAAUCGUAAGACCGUCUGUGUUAAGGCUAAGCCAAACAAGGUAACCAAUGAUGUUCUUAAACCUAUACUUCUCAAGUAUGGAUACAAGCUGGACCUCAUGUACGUUCACAAGGUUGGAGAGGAGAAGGGGGUGAAUCUCAAGAGCCAUGUUAAUGAGUUGGAUGGUGACAGACUUGUGGUGCAGACGAAAGAGGAAGUCAAGGAGUGGGGGUUAGAACAAGGGAGGCAGAAAAAGAGAGGAAGCACUCUUGAUGAAAUUACAAACCGUGUUUUUGAAGACUUAUUGAAAGGAAAAUCUGAACAAAAUUUUGAUGAGCUUGGAAUUCUAGACUUUGAUGCUAGAUCAUCCAGAACUGACAACAGCAGUGACAAGUCAUCUGGCAUUUUGGGUGGUUUUAGCCGUCGGAACUCUCUUGCUCCUGACAAGGAAACUGGAAACAAACCAAGAAAGCAAAGUAAUAGAGCUAGCGUUCACGAGAACCUUGGUGUGCGGGGUAUGUUGACGCACGGGGACCAUGUUCUCGUUACCAAACGAAGAGGGAAUAAUCCUGCCAAUGUCAAACAGGAAAAUGAUGAACUGUAUGAGGGCUUGAAAAGAGCCCAAAGGAGUCGCCUUGAUGAUCAAAGAGGAACGGAAAUCAACUUUGAACUUCCAGAUUUUCUCAAGUGUGACCAGCCUCAGGAUAAAGAAAACCAGCAUGCUCACCUUGCUGAUCAGUUGUUAGCUCACCUAGAGUGUUCCUUCUCUGAUGGUGUGGUGAUCCCUACUCACCAAGAAGCUGAGGACUACUUUAGCAUGGCUCAUCCUGAAGUUUGGGGAGGCAUACCAUCAAGCACAGGGCCACUCUCUGCCAAUGCUACUCUCUUGGCACCCGAUUUAGACCUGGAUGAUUUUGAUGAAACGCUCCGAGGUGAUGAUUCCCUAUGCCAGAUCCCCUUGCCAGACACAUCCUCAUCCACAUUACAUGUAGACCCUCCUGAUUUUUCGCCUCCUCCUCCAAUACUUAUGGAAAACUCUGCAGUCCCAGCUGUGUCAAGGAUGGCCCUAACAGCUUUGCCACUCUCUCCCCCACCGCUACCUCCUAAACCCAAGCUUGGGGGCAUCAGAGGGCCCCCUCCUCGCCCUCCAUCACGCCAGCUGCACCUCUUAAACCCACCCAUGUUUACAUCCACCAGUGAUGAUGAUACCUUACACUCAUCUGAUCCACCUAUUCACAUAACUAGACAAAGUCAUGACAAAUUCAAUAUCAGUUUUGUUUAGUAGAGAUGUAUAUAUAUAUAUAAUUUAUAUUAAGGGGGUACCCAUCAUUGCCUAGGUCUAUUUGUCUCCCAUCUAUAUCCAUUCAUCCAUCCCUCUCUUCAUCUAUCCAUACGUCUAGGAGGGGCCAGCAGUGCCCUCCCCCUUCCCUCCCCAUCCCUUUAUCUUUCCCCCUCCAUCCCAUAGUCCUCACCCAUCUACCCCUCCUCCACUCCCCCCUCCUGCCCCGCCCUUCAUCCUCCACACUCCUCCCCUCAUCUCCCCUUGUCCUCCCUUCUUGUUCUCUCCCCUCUCCAUAUCCCCCCCUCCCUUCCUCUGUUCCUCCACCCUCCUGCUCUUCCAUGUCCUCCCCCUUUUCCCUUCCAUAAAAAUAUUAGAGAGCAAUGAAACUACUGUAUUAUUUAAGGAAAUUUUUUUGGGUGAAAAACUCUUCGGGCAUCAAUAUUUCACACAUGACCAGAAUUGAAUCCAUGAUAUAUGAUGGGCGGUGUGAAUAAUUACUGAUAUUUCAUAAAUCAUUUAACUUGGCCCUACCCUAACCAGCGUAUGUCAGUCCCGUACCCCAGACCACUUUUCCUACAAAUUUGAGUAAGGCUAGCUCCAUGUGCCUGGCCUUCAACCUUGAACAGACAUUCUUAUAGUAUACUGAGAAUGUGUGUAUUCCCAAGUGUUCAAAAGCUUUAGGAAUAUCAGUGAAAACAAUAAUUUAGAAUUUGUAAUCAAACUUUUAUUCCCACAAUAUACAUAUGCCAUAUGUGUACAUUCUUACUGAAUAGUUUUUUUUUAUAUCAAAUGAUUUGGCAUGACAUGGCUGGAGUAUGAGUUAUGUCCAGUCCAGAUAACUGACUGACAGAGCUGAUCAGUGGAUGGAGAAAAGUUAGCCCCAUUUAUGGAACUUUAGCUGACAUUGGAAGUGUUAACAGUACAAAACAAAAAUAUUGCUGAAAAGAAGUGUGCCAUUCCAGGUAGUUUUUAUAAUGUAUAUACAUAUACAUAUUUAUAUAUAUACACUGUAAUAUUAUGUAGUAAAUAUCAUUUAAAUAGAAAUUGACGCCAUGGCUAACAAGCUAGAAGCGUUGUGAUACAAGCAGUAUUUUGAUGUGUAAAAGUUACACAGGUUGUAUAUAAUUUUGUGUAUUAUGCAUUUCUUGUAUAUAUUGGCUAUACUGAGCAUGGUUUUGCUUUCAUCUUCUAAAUGCUGUAUCUUAUUAUGUAUAUAAUUCCAUGUUCCUAUGUCUAUGAAUUUAUUUACUGUAUUAGACAAUGAUUAAUAUUUUUUUUUUACAUAUCUGUGCACAACAGUUGCAGUAAUAUGAAAAAAUAAUAAAGUUUUGAUUUAUAAA